GCUUGGCUGAGUCCUCUGCCUUGGGACAAAAAAGGGGGACUUUCCCGGGCCCUUCCUUGCCCUCUGGGAAGGGUUGGGGGUCUUUUGGGCCCUCAUGUGGGAAGAGAUGCUGUUCUGUCUAAAAACCGGACCAAAAAUAGGAAUCUUUAGGUGCUCUUUUAGGGAAUGUGGAUGAGGGUUAUUGGCAGAACAAAACGUCCUGACCCCCAUCCCCACCCCAUCUUCCCUUAAUAAACGCCCUAGAAACUCCUUGUGGAGUUUUGACCCCAUAAAGCGUUUCUAGGGUCUUGAAGGCAAACAGGUUUGUUGUGACAUUGUUUUGUGUCCUCUGAAGCUUGGGAUGCAUUUGCGAAAUGCAUGGAAUGGCAACUCGAGAUUUAGGCUUGCAGUAUUUGGCUUCCAGUAGAACUUCUGAAAAACCUUGAAAUGGAAACUGUUGUUCGCCGCUGCCCAUUCCUAUCACGAGUAUCCCAGGCUUUCUUGCAGAAGGCUGGCAAAUCCCUUCUUUUCUAUGCCCAGAACUGCCCUAAAAUGAUGGAAGUUGGGGCCAAGCCUGCUUCACGGCCCCUAAGUACUUCAGUGGCUCUCUGCCAACAGACUGAAAAAACCACCUCUGCCAGUGAAGAGGUCAAACCUUCCCCAGAUGUGGCUCAAGAAGAUAUAAGCAGAUCUCAACUUCCUGCAACCUACCAACCCAUUACUAGCCAGAGUGCUAGCCAAGCUACUGUGUCUAAAUGUCCCUUCUUGGCAGCUCAGAUCAGUGAAGGGAACAGUAAUGUUUUCUGCAAAGCCAGCCUGGAACUCCAGGAGGAUGUAGAAGAAGCACAAGCUGUAAGGAAAGAGUUUGCCAAAGCACCAGAAAAUACUGUUGGGGUUAACAUUGAUGGUGAAAAGCAAAAUGGCCUGCUGAAGAAAUUCCAGGACACUUUGUUGAAGCAGCGGCCAGAACGGGUGUCUCAUCUACUUCAGGAGAACUUGCCAAAAUCUGUUUCUACUUUCCAAUAUGACCAAUUCUUUGAGAAAAAAAUUGAUGAGAAAAGAAGAGAUCACACGUACCGUGUGUUCAAAACAGUGAAUCGAAGAGCCCAAAUAUUUCCCAUGGCAGAUGAUUACUCAGAGUCCCAUACCAGCAAAAAGGAGGUUUCUGUCUGGUGUAGCAAUGAUUAUCUUGGCAUGAGUCGUCAUCCUAGAGUUUGUGGAGCUGUUAUAGAAACACUGAAACAACAUGGUGCAGGAGCAGGAGGCACAAGGAAUAUUUCGGGAACCAGUAAAUUCCAUGUUGAUCUCGAAAAAGAAUUGGCUGAUCUUCAUGGGAAAGAUGCUGCUCUGUUGUUUUCUUCCUGCUUCGUUGCUAAUGAUUCGACACUGUACACAUUAGCCAAAAUGUUGCCGGGCUGUGAAAUUUAUUCGGAUGCAGGAAAUCAUGCUUCUAUGAUACAAGGGAUUCGAAAUAGCAGAGUGCCGAAACAUAUUUUUCGCCAUAAUGAUGUUGAUCAUCUCCGAGAAUUAUUGAAAAAAUCCAAUCCAUGUACUCCCAAAAUUGUUGCAUUUGAAACUGUUCAUUCAAUGGAUGGUGCAGUUUGUCCCUUGGAAGAGCUUUGUGAUGUGGCUCAUGAACAUGGGGCAAUCACUUUUGUAGACGAAGUACAUGCGGUUGGACUGUAUGGAACUCAUGGUGGUGGUAUUGGAGACAGAGAUGGAGUAAUGCAUAAAAUGGACAUUAUCUCUGGAACUCUUGGCAAAGCCUUUGGUUGUGUAGGAGGCUACAUCGCCAGUACUGGUUCUCUGGUAGACACCGUUCGCUCAUAUGCUGCUGGCUUCAUCUUUACAACAUCACUGCCCCCCAUGCUUUUAGCUGGUGCACUAGAAUCUGUGAGAAUUCUAAAAAGUGCUGAGGGGCAAGUUCUUCGCCGCCAGCACCAGCGAAAUGUUAAACUGAUGAGGCAGAUGCUGAUGGAUGCAGGGCUCCCUGUCGUGCAUUGUCCCAGUCACAUCAUUCCAGUCAGGGUUGCAGAUGCUGCUAAAAAUACUGAGAUUUGUGACCGGAUGAUGAGCCAGCAUAGCAUCUACGUCCAAGCAAUAAACUAUCCCACUGUGCCACACGGAGAAGAGCUGCUGCGAAUUGCUCCUACACCUCAUCAUACUCCACAGAUGAUGAACUAUUUUAUUGAGAAAUUGCUAAAUACAUGGAAGGAAGUUGGCCUGGAACUGAAGCCACAUUCCUCAGCUGAAUGCAAUUUCUGUCGUCGACCCCUGCACUUUGAGGUGAUGAGUGAAAGGGAAAGGUCUUACUUCAGCGGAAUGAGCAAACUUGUAUCAGCUACUGCUUGAAGUAAAUUGUACCUGUAGUUAUGUCUAGCUGUCUAAUAGUCCAGUAUUCAUUGUAGCCAAUUUUCUGUAUUAUGUGCAUUUUAUUCCAUUGUGUACACACAAAAUUACAGCAAAUAAACUUUGAUGGUAUAUA